AGUAUACCAGAAACUGCAGUCCGUAGUAUCAGCUUACGUCAAUCGCAUGCAACCCUCUUCAACACUUCUGGGAGAAGACAUCUUGAAACUAGGGAGAAAGGAAACCUGGGAGACAGAAUGGAGCGAUGGAAGUCCGGCUUGGCACCGAAAAUAUGUCAGUCCCAUGCUGAUAAAACAUUACGAUGAAUUCACUUCGGGCCGGACAAAUCGCAGCAUUCUCGUUCCACUUUGUGGAAAGUCGCUGGACAUGAUUUGGUUAGCAGAUCAAGGCCAUACCGUUGUUGGUGUGGAAAUGAUCCGAAAAGCAAUCAAAACGUUCUUUGAGGAGAACAAAUUGCUUUACGACGUUAACACAGCACAGACUUCAGCCGGGAGUAUUGUCAACUUAUUCAAGGCCAAGAACAAGGACAUUACACUUAUCGAAUGCAGCAUAUUUGAUCUGUCACGUGAUGUUUAUCACAACAAGUUUGAUUGCAUUUGGGAUCGCGGAGCAUGUACCGUGAUCACUAUGAUGGACGAGGCCCGUCUGAAACGGUACGUGGACGUCUUAUUGUCAUCUUUGCAACCUGAUGGACGAUAUUUUCUCAUGACUUUUCGCCAUGAAUCGGGCAAGAAUUCGAACGAAGGCAAGUGGGUCAGUCAUCUUCCGGAAGAUAAACUGAUUGAGUUGUGCGGUGAUCAAUGUAAAGUGGAAUUAGUUGAACAGGAUGACAUAAAAAACGAUCCAGCCCUUUUAGAGGCAUAUGCCUCAGCUCCUCAGCAUUCAAUAUUUUAUUAUUUUGUGACCUUUAAGUGACGUUUUCGCUCGUGAGGCGCGAGCGGUUCUCAAACGCUCACGCAACACCGCACAAAAGUGUAAAAUCAGGAACUGGACUCGAGACACUGAAGUCUUAGAAAAGGAAUGUCUCUUAACUUAUUAAAGAGUUUUAUUAAGUCUAAUGUAUGUUUACCCUAGUCUUGGGGCUGAGAAGUAGCUUUUACGUUUCAGUCGGAUAAGUUUUGGAGUUUUAAUCCACAGUCGUAAGGCAAAGGACUCACGACGUCCUAAAGGUGAUAUUUUUGUAACGCGGAUCGUGAAACACGCCUCUAUGAUAUUAAUUGGUGAAAUUUGCUUGUGAUUUGCGCUGGCGAUAGAAUUCAUGACUAUACUAUCGGCAUACAGAAUGGGUAUUGGCGAGGAGUUGGCGCGGUGUUUUCGCCGCUCCAAAGACUAAACAGAGAGCUAAUUGCAAUAGAGACGUUUCAGAAAAAUUUAGAUUGAAAUAUUAACUUCUCUCUAAAUGUUACGACUAAUUCCAGAAAAGAAGUUGUGUGUCUGCUAUUAGUAAGUUUUUAGGGAAAAUGGUUAUCUUUUGUAACAGAUUUCGAUAAAACAAAAAACUGCA